AGUUGUGAGAUUUAGAUUUAAUUCUGUGUGUAUUUUUGUGCUCGUUUUCUCUCUUUGGCGUUGAAUUAAUAUCGCCGUAUAUUUGGCGGUUUUGUGACGGACUAUUUAAAGUAUUCAGUUUCAGGAGAAACGAUAAGAAAUCUGAGAAUAUCAUGUUUAAUCUCGUUAAAUCAAUCAACUGUUUAUAAAUUAGUUUUAUGAAGGCGAUUAUAUGUUGAAUAAAGUCGGUUAUAGGCUAAUAUCCGAUAAUAUUCCUGCUUGAAAGAAAACGGGAAAACACAUUUAUAUAAUCUCAGAAACAUUUAUUUAGUUUUACAGAGCUGUUCGUGUUUAUGUUUUCAUAAUGAGAGAGCUGAAGAAAGAGGUGACGUCACUGAAGACAAAACUGAUGGAGAGCGACGACAGGUUACAGCAGAUACCAGUGAAGACCGAAGUGGAGGAGAUAAAAGAAGAAAACACACUAGAGAAACAGCAGAGAGAUGAAGAUGGUUUUAUUCCUUCAGAUCAGAUGGAAGUGAAACAGGAAAGUCAAGAACUGAAUGAAGUGGAGGAAAAACAUCAGUAUAAGAAACAUCAUGAUUUAAUAACUGGAGAAAAAUCUUUGACUGGCUCAAAAACUAAGAUGAAUUUCUCACCAAAAAGGUCACAAAGAAGAGCAGACAAAAAUGCUUCAACUUGCUCUCAGUGUGGAAAGAAUUGCACGUAUAAAAGCCAACUUAAUAUACACAUGAGAGUUCAUACAGGAGAGAAGCCUUACACGUGCCAUGAGUGUGGGAAAAGUUUUGCAUAUCCAAAUGAUUUUAAGAAUCAUCUCCGCUAUCAUUCUGGAGAAAGGACAUUUGAAUGUGAUAAAUGUGGUAAAACAUUUGUUUUGAAUUCAGGCCUGAAACGACAUCUGAAAACUCAUACAAAUGAGAAGCCUUACAAGUGUUCAUUUUGUGGAAAGAGUUUUACAGAACAGUCCUAUUUUAAAGAGCACCAGAAAAUACAUAUAAGCGUGAGUGCUCAUAUGUGUUUUGAAUGUGAGAAGACAUUUAUUACAGCAGGCCACUUAAAAGAACAUCAAAGAAUUCAUACUGGAGAAAAACCUUACAAGUGCACAUACUGUGGAAAGACUUUCACUCAGUUAGAACACAUGAAAAAACAUGGGAGAAUUCAUACUGGAGAAAAACCUUAUAAGUGCUCACACUGUGGAAGGAGAUUCGCUCUGACACAAAACCUGAAAAUACAUGAGAGAAUUCAUACUGGAGAAAAACCUUACAAGUGCUCACACUGUGCAAAGAGUUUCACUCAGUCACAAAGCUUGAAAACACAUGAGAGAAUCCAUACCGGAGAAAAACCUUACAAGUGCUCUCACUGUGAAAAGAGUUUCAAUGGGUCACAAAGCCUAAAAAAACACAAGAGAGUCCACACUGGAGAGAAACCUUACAAGUGUUCACACUGUGGAAAGAGUUUCAAUGGGUCACAAAACCUGAAAACACACGAGAGAAUCCAUACUGGAGAGAAACCAUGCCACUGCUCUUCAUGUGGGAAAAGUUUCAGAGCUGCGAGUAAUCUGUAUAGACAUGUAAAAAAUAAUUGCCCAAGUAGUCAGAAUGAACAUAAAUCAUCUUCAGGUCCAACAAGACCAAAUACGGAAGAAGGAGAACUUGCAGUUUGUGUGCUCAGUUCGAUUUUCAUCAUGAGAGAGCAGAGGAAAAAGGUGUUGGAGAGAAACCUGAUGAAAACUGAAGACUUUUUACAGGUCGAUGCACCACAAAACGACUCCACAGAGUCUCUGGCUUCUGUCUGUAAUGCUGGAGAACAGCAGAUGCUGCAGAUACCGGCGGAGAUUGAAGUGAAGCUGGAGGAGAUAAAAGAAGAGAACACAGAAGAGGAAGAACAGAGUACAGAAGAAGAUGAUGAUGAUGAUGAUGAUGAUUUUAUUCCUUCAGAGCUGAUAGAAGUGAAAGAGGAAUGUCAAGAGCUGAUUGAAGUGGAGGAGAAACUUCAGAAACCUCAUGAUUUCACAACUGGAGAAAAAUCUUUGAGUGGCUUAAAGUCAAAGACUAAUUUCUCACCAAAAAAGCCUCAAAGAGCAGCCAAGAAAUCUCUGACCUGCUCUCAGUGUGGAAAGAGUUUUGCUCAGUCACAUAACCUGAAAACACACGAGAGAAUUCAUACUGGAGAGAAACCUUACAAGUGCUCACACUGUGGAAAGAGUUUCACUUUCUCACAACACCUGAAAAAACACGAGAGAAUUCAUACUGGAGAGAAACCAUACAAGUGCUCACACUGUGGAAAGAGUUUCGCUCAGUCCUACGACCUGAAAACACACGAGAGAAUUCAUACUGGAGAGAAACCUUACAAGUGCUCACAGUGUGGAAAGAGUUUCACUCUUUUACACAACUUAAAAACACAUGAGAGAAUCCAUACUGGAGAGAAGCCUUACAAGUGCUCACACUGUGAGAAGAGUUUCACUAAGUCAGACUGCUUGAAAAAACAUGAGAGAAUCCAUACUGGAGAGAAACCUUACAAGUGUUCACACUGUGGAAAGAGUUUCUCUCUGUCUCACAACCUGAAAACACACGAGAGAAUACAUAAUGGAGAGCAACUAUACAUCUGCUCUUCAUGUGGGGAAAGUUUCAGCUCAGCAAGUCAUUUAGUUCAUAUAAAAAGUUGUUGCUCAAAGUAAUCACAGAGAGAUGUUCAUCUUAAGGAACGAUGCUUCAAAUAAAUAGAUGAAAAUUCAGAUUAACUUCCGUACAAUCUCUUGAUGUGUCAGCCUUGAAAGUGCCUGGAUUUCAAAUAAUAAUUCAAGAGCCUGUAAUAAAAAUAGAACAGAGUAAUAAGUGCUUGAGGUUUUUCAGUAACACCUGCAAUUAAACAUUAAAAAAAUCACUAUACAAAAACAAAGUAAUCUAAUGCAAAAUAAUACCAAACUUUCCUGGGCUGUUCGGACACUUUUGACUGAUAUUUUUAUUUGUAAUUUUUUUCAUAAUUGUUUCCUCUGAGUGAUUCAAGACUUUGUGACCUUGUUCUCCUUCCAGACAAAACACUCAGACUAAGCACAAAAAUUACACAAUUCACGAAGGUCAAAUUUUUAGGUCUGAAAAAAAAAAUAUUCCAGAUUAAUCUGAUAGAAUCACAUCCCUGAACACUGUAGGGCCGAAACGAUUUGUCGACGUUAUCGACAACGGCAACAAUCAAAAAUGAAAACUCAUUGUCGAAUAGUCGUUUAAUCUCAUUUAACUUAACAUGAGAUCACAUUAAACUGUAAUGAUGAGAGCAGCACUGCAGUUCACGACUGACUGAGGAAGAAUUACACAGAUCACAGAUGCACUCGAAACUUUUCAGUCAGCUUCAGCUUCAAAGUACAAGGGAAUUAUAAAAAAAAAUAAAAAUAAUACAGAAGCACUCUUCGUUGUGGAAUAAGUGGAGCUGGAGCAAAACUUGCAUGUUGUGCGUCUUUAAAGGAAACACCCCAGCGUUACAUCUUAAAUGCAGUUAUAUUUAAUGUGUUUUAGCUUUAUUAAAGUUCAAAUAUUAUGGAAACGGAUCAUGUAAAUAUUUACAAACUCCGAAACUGGCAUUUCUCUGUGUGGUCAGCGCCUCUUCUAUGAGUCGUGAAUGUCCCGAUCUAAGGGGGAGAGAUUGAAACUGCACCGGCUGAUACACACUCGGUCACGGGACGCUCAUCCCUCGAGCGCACACGCUUAAUGCAGCUAGACUAUAACGUGAUGACCCGUGACUUAUUGAAUCAUAAUAUAAUGUGGCACUGUGCAUUUCUUAUCCUGAAGAAAAUUGGCAAUAAGCAGCUUUAUUAAUAUGAUAGAUUGUUUUUUUUUAUGAGUUAAAGAUGGAUUGAAGUGAACCGAAAGUGAGAGAGAGGAAGUCUUCACCCCCAUUAUACUCGGCAACAAAAUACGUUUAUGAUGUUUUUGUUUUGGCUUGUUUUCCAAUAGAAAUAUCUGAAACUAAUUUAAAACAACAUACAUUUACUUUAGCAGCUACUGCAGAAGAAACUAUUAUUAUCUAAGAAUAUUGAAUAUAAUAUUAAAAAUACAAAUAUUUCAAAAUAUCUAAAAAGUCCUUUAAAAAAGAUGCCUUCGAGAUGCCCUUAGAUAUUCAUACUUGCUUUUAGAGAAUAGAUCUUGAGUAAAGUAUAUUUUGUCUUUACUGCACUCGCAGAAGUAUAACCAAGUGCAAAUACACAUAUAUAUAAAAUACAAUAACUGUAUAUUUAAGAUACAUCCUCUUAAAGCAAGUCUAAAUAUCUUUUAUGUUGAUUCUCAAGUAAAUGUUUCUUGUUUGAAGCAUUUUAGACAAUUUUAAAUGGAAAACAAGAAAAAUACACUUGAUGAUAAUAGGAUUUUUUGCAGUGAAUUUCUUUACUGAAUUAAACUUAAUAAAAAGUUUUUUCCCUUUAAUUCAGUGAAUGUCAUUUAGAGCUAUUUUUAAAAGAAGAUUUUUCCCUCUUUAUUGUUAGUAAUCAUGUUUAAUACAACCUUUUGAGUCGGGACACAAGCAGAAUAAUCGGUUAAGAGCAAUCGUCAAAUAAUUGUUCUAAUAAUCGUUUUAAUUUUGAUAUUUAAGUUAAUAAGUUACUCUUAACAAAAUACAUCCCAUGUCUUCUCUUUGUAACACCAUGGUCAGGUUUGACCAUAAACACACAGUAAUGUCACAUUAUUGCAAAACGGACACUUCCAAGUAAAAAUAAAAAAAUGCUUUGAAAAAUAAUAGUUAAAACUGGUCUAAAUAUAUAUCCAAAUUCUUAACGUGUUAAAAUCUAAUUAUUUUAAGUUAUAACAGGUAAUCGGGCUACACAGUUUUUACAGCCAUUUACUGAUUAUUAUUGACAUAAUUUUCAAGUCAUGUAAUUAUUUUUUAAACAUAUUCUUGUAUCUACAUGUUUAGACAUGUGAAAAGUGACGUUAAUCUAAAUUAGCUCAAUUGCAUAUGCUAAUGAAUGAUGUAAUUGAGAAAUGUACAGGUAAAUAAGAUCUAAAUAGCAUUAAAUUCCAGAAGAAGUGCAUCAUUUAUUGUUAUUACUUGAGGGAAGAAGAAAUGUAAAAAAAAUUUUUUUACACAUUUUACACCUGUGCUGUUUCUGGUCCAAAAUGGCCGUGAACAGCCAAGGUGUCGACCUUUGUUGAACAGCAUAGACGGGUUCAAUUAUUGACAGUAUUAAAGUAUUUCUGUAUAAUAACACAAUAAAGACUGAGUCGUAGCAUUCAGAUUUUGACAGAAGCAGACCUGAAAAUAAAUGUGAUUAA